UCAGUCUUUAACGCUGUCUGCUCUGCGGGUUGAUAGGUCAGUCCGGUGCCGUGUCAUCGCCGUGGUCGCUUCUCCUGCACGCGACCCUGCGGACGACCUUUGACCUGCAGAAACCACAGCUGCAGCAGGGAGUGUCACCUGGUUACCGACGGCAACAAGUGUGAGGUGUGUGAAGAGGGCUGCUCUAAGCCCCGCCCCCCCGGCUGCCCUCACACCUGUCCCCGCCCCUGUCACCCUGGCGACUGCCCGUCCUGCAGCCAGAUGAUCCGCCAGCGCUGCCACUGCAAGAUCAGCAUCCUCUACGUGGAGUGCACGAAGUUGACGUCAGCUGAUGAUCAGACGAAGGUGGAGUUGGGCUCCUGUAACAAUCAGUGUCCUAAAGAGCUGAGCUGUGGACAUCGAUGUAAGCAGGUGUGUCAUCCAGGAGUGUGUGAGGGGAAAUGUCAACAGAAGGUGAAGCUGCGAUGUCCCUGCAAGAGGAUUAAGAAGGAGUUCCCGUGCUCUCUGUCGGAUCAGUGUGUUCAGUGUGAUGACACCUGCAGAGACCAGCAGAGGAAAGUCAGUCAGCUGAAGGAGGCGGAGCAGCGAGCAGCUCAGGAGGAGGAGCAGAAGAAACUUCAGGAGGAGCUGGAGGCGUUCGAGAAGCGUCAGCAGCGAGGAGGUCGGAGGAGCAAAAAGCGAGGGAGGAGGGAGGAGGUGGAUGAUGACGAGGGGAGGGCGGGGUGGUGGAGGAAGUGUGCCGCCGCCGUCCUUGUCCCAUUGGUUGGAGCUCUGCUGUCGGCCACCGCCUACUACCUCCUGACCACGCCCUGAACCGACACACUAACACGAACAUGUUGACUUUAAUUUCACUCUCUUAUUGUCUUUUAUUUUGGUAGUUUUUUUUCCUUCCUGUUUGUUUGUUGAAGAAUUGAACACAGGAUGAAUGUUUGUAAGUCUUAAAUGUGAAACAUCUGUCCCCGCUCACGCUGACCGUGCUGAUGUCGACUGAUUCAUUUACUGAUUUUUAACAUCUGACGUUUAAAAGUGUGAACGUUCAUGUUCGGUUGUAUUGUCGGACUUCCUCUGAUCUGACGGGUCCAAAAAACAUCAAUCAGGUUUUAAUUCAUUAAAAACAUUUUGUGUUUUUUUGGGGGGGGGUGGUAAAAUUGAAUAUUUCAGGAUUGAGAGGGUUUUUUUUUUUCUUCUAUUUGGCCUAAAGAAUCAUUUCAAGUGUUCCUGUACGAGCAGCCCUCAUUAAAGUUUAUUCAUACGACCUUU